CACUGUUGCACUGUUCGACAAGUUUUCCGAACAGAUCUUUCGAUAUGAUCGAUGUUUGUCGCGAUCGAAGAGUGGAAAUCGUUCAGUGUGCGAUCGGUGUCGUGCUGAGACGGAAUUCUCUUAUAAAACUGCGUACGUUGACAGCGAUAUGACGAUUUCUCGUGUUGCACUACAGUGCAUAGAGGAUAGGAAAAAGUCUUGCGAUGAGGAAUGAAACAAUGUGUUAUGAUUACACAAGUAAUAACUUCAACCGAAUACUAGGAGGAAGCUUCGAUUAUGCACGGACUAGGAGCCGAGCAUAAUAUGGUGGGUCUGAGUACCAAUCGAUGGCUGGAAGCGCUUUGGGAGCCAGGAGCCAAAUUGUACACCUUACCGAAUGCGCUUGAUAUGCUUGAUGUCACCGGAGAUGGAGAUGCCAGACUCAUUUGCGUUGACCUGGGUCCACUGGGUACUAAUUCAACGAAAAUACGAGUUUACAAAGGCGGUGAUCAGAUAACCGAGCACAAUAUGGUAGAUCGAACCUGCGGAGUGGUUGGCUUGUACACAGAAAACUACGAACCGCGGUCGUCAGUGUUAGCCGUUGGCGGCGGUUCGAGUGUUUACAUUUUCAAAAAUAUGAGGCCCUAUUAUAAAUACACCUUGCCGCAUCUCGAUGUCCAUCCGAAAGAGCGGGAGAUCUGGCACAAAGCAGGACUGGAAGAUGAGUUGAAUGUACUCACGCUAACGGAUGAAUUAGAAUUGCUGUUGAAAGAACUUGGAGCAGGAUUCAUCUCGCCGCGGACGUUGAAGUUCCUUUCCAUGGAUCCGAAUUUGAAGGCGGGCUUUGCAGCAAAGUACAAAACGAUUCCACUGAUUAAAAGUAACACGUUGUCCGCCAUUUCCGUGAUUCGAAAAGACACUUGGUCCAACCCUGCCAGUGGUUGCAUCGUGCUCGGCACGGAAUUCGGGGAAAUUCUUGUUUUGGACCCUCGAACGUUCACUGCCAUGGACAAGCAUUUUGUCGGAUGGGCACCGGUAGCGUUCGCGUGCACCGGUUUAUGGACAGGCGACGGUAAAAUACUGAUUAUCGCAAGGGACGGUAAGAUCGGCGCGAUAAAAAGAGGAUCGCCCAUGAAACUUUGGGAACAGUUGUCUGCGCCAGCUGUGGCUAUUUCAGUUCUCAACAACGACAAGGUCGCGGUAACUCUUAUGGAUGGUACCUUGGUUGGUUUUUCGAAAAAGGGCAUUAAACUAUGGAACGUUGACGUUCCGGGGGCAAUUCUCGAUUCAACGAGCUUACCAGUGCCACAAAGUGGGCUGUCUUUGCUCGCUGUGAGCACUGCUGGCUUCGGCAUUCGGGUCUACGAUGGAAAGCACCAUGUGGAUACCUUGAAGAUUAUGGAGCCGGUAUCAGCGUUGAAGUACGGUCGAAUGGGUCAAGAAGAACGAACCAUGGCGAUGGUCACCGUGGGCGGUGGACUUUGUGUGAAGAUCUUAAAGAGGACUGCAGACUUCAGCGUCCACAACACGACUACGGACUCGCUGACCAAUGACGGUCCGAAGUUCACGAUACCAAAGAAAACACGAUUGUUCGUCGAGCAAACGAUACGGGAACGAUCAGAGGCGAAGAAGAUCCACAGCACAUUUCAACAGGGUCUUCUACGGCUACGCUUAAUAGUCGCUAAAAAGACGGUGGAGUCUUUAAACGAGAGUCAAGAUGCUGGACCACGUCUGAUCACGAUGGAGGCUACCGUUUUGGGACUAGGACCGAGCUAUCAGAUUCGUAUCACGCUGACGAAUGUGUCCGACGAAAUGUCGGACACGGGAUUGUACGUCGUUUGUAGAAGUGAGAACACGGAUGUCCGGCCACGUGUUAUGGAUGUCCCUUUACUCCCAAGUGGAAUUCCCAUUCCCAUGGCUUUAAAUGCAACCCUAACCAGUAGAAUAUCGGGAAGAGUGCAGAUCUUGUUGUGCAAGAAAGCCAGGACAAAGCCAAUUAACGUUGCGACAGUGGUUCUGCCGGCUGCUGAAGAAGAUAUCGAGGUGUAAUUUUUUCAUAACGAAGAAACAAUGACUAUACAAAGAAAUAUUUUCUACAGUAGGUCUAUAGGAUGUCUUGUGUCACUUACUGUAAUUCGUCCCGAAAAGUAAAAUAAGAUCGUUUUCUAAAGACUUUUGAUUUUAAAGUGAAUAUAUUGGAGAGAAACUAUUUCAUUUCGAAUCCUUUAUACACUCAAAAACGAUGUACUGAAUUCUCCAGUUUUAUCGCAUUAAUUACUAAGUUACGUAAUAUAAUUUCAACCGAAUUCUAUGUAUCUGUGUGGUGGGUUGCAACCAAGUCUGGUCAGUUCUAUCUCGGUCAAUUACUAUAGAGUUAAUAUACAUAUACUGUAUUUACGAAAAAUUCGUUUUCUAAUUAUAAAACUGUACAAUUUUAUCUUAAUAAUUGUUCAUGUUUUCAAAGUGAUUAAGUGUUUAGUAAAUAAGAAUAUAAAGCAUUGAAGUUA